GGUGAGGGGAAAAAGUUCGAGGUCCUCUACGUCUUUACCGGCCAUGAGGGGUCUAUCUUUGGGGUUUCCAUCUCGCCGGAGAUUUCCCUUUCUAAUGGCGGUCAAAAGAUCAGACUGCUAGCUAGCUGCAGCGAUGAUCGGACGGUGCGGAUAUGGGAUAUCACCGAUUCGCCGACCAGGGGUACCUCUAUUCUUACAGAUGGUUCUGGAGAAAAUGAUCACUCAAAGAGAACAUUGGGAGAAGCGAGAGAGACUGGGUUCGGAGGACCCAACAACUCGGAAGUCAAGGUCGAAAACCAAAACGACAAGGCGAGAUGUCUUGCUGUGGCUAUGGGUCACGUAUCGAGGAUUUGGCAGGUGCGGUUUACGGGAAGGACGCAACAUGGGGAUGGAAGUCCGAUUGAGAUCCACUCGUUCGGUGAGGAUGCGACGAGACAGAGGUGGGAGUUAACGCUGGAUCAGGCAAAGUGGAAGCAGGCGCUGGAGAGGGGCUACAGUGGUGAACAAGACAUUGCUGGGUCGUUUGGCACGCUGAAGAACUGCGGGAUUGUGAGUUGUCAUAAUGGCAAGAAUAUGUGGUCGACGGCGGUGUCGGGGGGUGAUGGACUGCCGACGUUGAUUGCAACGGGUGGAGCGGAUGGAAAGAUUACGAUGGCUGGUGAUCAGGUGGUCAGAAAUGGGGAGCAAACGUAUAGGGAUAUUGACGUUACGCUGACGGUCGAGGAUGCCAUGAGGGUUGCUGAAGGGGUUGAAGAGGACUCGACUGCGCCGGUGGAAGGACAAAAGAAGAACACGGUCAAAAACGGGUUUCAGAGAUACGCCUUUCUGUCUGAGAACACGCUUCUCGCUACGACGUCGUCUGGGAGGCUCUUGCAUGGGACGAUAGGCGAAGGCCUCACCUGGAAGAAUGUUCACCUUUCGGAGACUGUUCUCGCCGACCUCAAGUCCUACUACGUCGUCAAGAGCCCAGUUCAGGGGACCGCUAUCCUCGGCAGUUCCAGUGGUAAAGUCUACCUCUUCCUUGAAGACGGCCACAAAGUCAAAGAACUCCACGCCUUCCCCGGCAAGAUCUCCGAUAUCCUCCUCAUCGAAGGCGCUCAAGAGACCCUCCACAAAGACCAACCCGGUGCCUGGACAGUCAUCAUCACCGUCCUCGGCCUCGACCACGCCCUUCUUAUGACUUUCGACCCCUCCACCUCCUCCGUCACCGUCGACCCGCGCAAUAUCUGCCUCUCCAGCGACGACGUAUCCCCCUUCAUUGCCACGGCCGCUGCCUUUUGCGGUUCGAAACUGAUCCUCGGCUCGCGCGUCGGUGCUGUGGCUGUCUACAAAUCGACACCUGACGCUUACACCCUCGAUUACUCCCGCAAGGACGCGCGUACCAAAGACGCAGUGACCUGUAUCGUUCCGCUACCGGGUAGUUCGACCUCUUUUCUGACAGGCUGCCGCGAUGGUCGGUACAGGAUAUACACCCUCACUUCCACCACUAACUCAGCCACACUGCACCUCCAACACGAAAUCUCCCCUCCCCUCGGCAUGAUUGAAGGCGCCCACUUCAUCUCCUCCUCAUCUGGGCUAGACUUGAUCAUCCACGGCUUCCGCGGCAAGAACUUUGUCGUCUGGAGCGAGUCCACCCGUCAAGAGCUCACCACCGUCGAAUGCGGCGGUGGUCACCGGGCCUUUGACGUCGUCUUUCCCUCUUCUUCUUCUUCUUCUUCUUCUUCUGGUGGCUCUCCCGGUCCAUUACGAUUCAUCUUCACCAAAGCCUCUGCUCUGCGGUUCUACAGCCAAUCAUCCCCUCCUUUACGCACCCUGAAAGAAGGCGGCCACGGUCGCGAGUUGCGGGCCGUCGCUGCUUCUGUUUCUUCAUCCUCAGGGGAAGUAGGGCGGUAUGUAGCUACUGCUGCGGAGGAUACUACCAUCCGUCUGUGGCAGUAUCGGGACUCCUCUGCCCCUGUUGGGAAAGAAAAAACAGAAAGGGGUUUCAAACCGCUCGCGAUCCUGGAGAAGCAUAGUGCUGGUAUCCAAGCCAUGAAGUGGUUUGGCGAGUCGCACUUGUUGAGUAGCGCGGGGAAUGAAGAGUUUUUUGUGUGGAGGAUUACUAGAUUGGAAUCGGAGUACGAGGCGUUGGCGGUGGUUUGCGAGAGCAAGUACCCGGAUCGGUCGGCAGAUGGGGAUUUAAGGAUUGUGGACUUUGAUGUCCAGCGUUAUGGAUCACAAGGAGAGGAAAAGAUGCUUAUCAGCUUGGCGUUGAGUAACUCGACGCUGAAAAGCUACCUCUACUCAACCGACUCUCAGCAGUGGAAGUUGCUUGCCCAAGGCCGGUACACGGGUGCUUGUCUGACGCAGAUCCGGCACUUGCGCGUCGCUGACGCUGGUGAGGAUAUCCAGGUCCUGACUGCUUCGACGGACGGUCAUGUUGCUGUUUGGUCUACUUCUGCCUCAAGCGAGACCGAGACGGAAAAGGCAGAGUACCAGAUGGUUACCCUCGCCAAGGUCCAUCAGAGCAGUAUCAAGGGUCUUGAUCUCUCGUCGUCUUCAUCAGGCCAGAGCUGGCUGGUCAUUACAGGCGGCGACGACAACGCCGUCCACUUUACGAAUCUGCAGUAUUCUGCUGCUGAUAAGACGUACAAGGUGUUGAGCAGGUCGAGAGUCAAGGAUGCGCAUGCUGCUGGUGUGACGGGCAUUUGUACCGUUAGGGAGGAGGAUGGAGAGGCGGUGGAGGUGGCUAGUGUUAGCAAUGACCAGCGAGUGAAGCUUUGGCGGGCGGUUUGGCAGGAGGGAAGCGAAGAGCCGGUCAAGGUGACGCUGUUGGAUAAUCAGUAUAGCUCGGUGGCGGAUGCUGGGGAUGUGGAGGUGAUUAAGGAGGGGAGGGUGAUGGUGGGGGGAGUGGGCAUGGAGGUUUGGGAUUUUGGGGUUUAGAAGGUGUGAGUUGGUUUAGACAAAAGGGUAUAUAGAGUAUUGUUGUCAUUAAGUAGCACAUGAUUUGAAGCCAGGUCGAAGUUCUUCGUUUUGUUGUCUCUGCUGACGAUGAUAACGAUUUGGUUGGGUGUAUGCAUUUUGUCCACUUAUACGCCAGAGCACUAACAGUAGCGUCAGCUAUGCGAGGCCAAUUUCACGCAAGCAAGAUCUUCGAAUGUGAAGAAACUUCUUUACAGUUUCUAGAAGACAGGUUCAUUAUGAUUCAAGAUAUAU